AUGAGCAGCGGCUCCGUCGUCCCCGACGACGUGGUGCACACGGGCGGGUGCCACUGCCGCCGCGUGCGCUGGCGCGUGGAGGCCCCCGCGAGCGUCGUCGCGUGGAUCUGCAACUGCUCCGAUUGCUCCAUGCGCGGGAACACGCACUUCGUCGUCCCCGCCGCCAAGUUCAAGCUGCAGCCCGGCGCCGACGAGUUCAUCACCACCUACACCUUCGGCACGCACACGGCCAAGCACACCUUCUGCAAGGUCUGCGGCAUCACCUCCUUCUACACCCCGCGGUCCAACCCGGACGGCGUGGCCGUCACCGUGGCCUGCGUCGACCCCGGCACGCUGGAGCACGUCGAGUACCGGAAGGCCGACGGGAGGAACUGGGAGGAGUGGUUCAAGCGCAGCGACAUCGCUGGCUUCUCCGAGGGGAAGGCGGAGGCAGCGGCGGAGUAG